AUGGGUUGCGGCCCAUCGAGCGGACGACAAAAUCCGUCUACGGAGUUAAAGAAAUCCACAUCACGAGGUGCCACAUCAUCAACCAACUCGACAAGUCAUAAUCAUAAAAACAAUAAUAACAACAAUAAUUCCACAACGACAUCUGGAACAAAGAAGUCAUCCACGCCAUCAAAUAAACAUCACAGUACAAAGAAGAGUCGGAGAAGUAAUAGCAAGAAGAAUCGAUCACCGUCUCCGCAGCCACAGCUUACCAUCAAAUCGGCGAUUCUCAUCCAGAAAUGGUAUAGAAGAUGCGAGGCACGACUGGAAGCGAGGAGGCGAGCCACGUGGCAGAUAUUCACGGCGUUGGAAUAUGCAGGGGAACAAGAUCAAUUAAAACUUUAUGACUUCUUUGCUGACGUCAUUCGUGCGAUGGCCGAAGAAAACGGGAAGACCGGUGGGGAUAAUGGAAGGAAUUCCCCUUUGAUGAGCGCUUUGUCACACUAUGCGAAACCGUCGUUGAUGGAUUCAGAAGGGGAGACGGUGAAAAAGAUGUUGGAAGACACGUCACCAGUAAACGUGGAUAUUGAUAGAAAUUACAAAGGACCGACACUCACACUUCCACUGGAUAAACCACAAGUGGCCAAAAUGAUUGAGGCGUUCAAAGUGAACAAGGUGUUACAUCCGAAAUAUGUGUUGAUGAUUCUUCACGAAGCAAGGAAAAUUUUCAAGGCGAUGCCAUCUGUUUCUAGGAUAUCCACUUCGAUUUCAAAUCAGAUAACAAUAUGCGGUGAUCUGCACGGAAAGUUUGAUGAUUUGUGCAUUAUCCUCUAUAAAAAUGGUUAUCCAUCAGUGGACAAUCCAUACAUUUUCAACGGGGACUUUGUGGACAGAGGCGGACAGUCUAUCGAAGUUCUGUGUGUUCUCUUUGCACUGGUUAUAGUGGACCCAAUGUCAAUUUAUUUGAAUCGAGGAAAUCAUGAAGAUCACAUCAUGAAUUUAAGAUAUGGUUUUAUAAAAGAGUUGUCCACUAAAUAUAAGGACCUCUCCACUCCCAUCACGCGACUACUUGAAGAUGUGUUCUCCUGGUUGCCAAUUGCUACUAUUAUUGAUCGUGACAUUUUUGUGGUACAUGGAGGAAUAUCGGAUCAGACGGAUGUGGCGAAACUAGAAAAAAUUCCACGCCAUCGAUUCCAGUCAGUUUUACGACCACCUGUUAACAAGGGGAUGGAUUCAGAAAAAGAGAAUCAGGCAGUGAAUGUAGAUGAAUGGAAGCAAAUGUUGGAUAUAAUGUGGAGUGAUCCUAAACAAAACAAAGGAUGUUGGCCAAAUGUUUUCCGUGGUGGAGGUUCAUACUUUGGUGCCGAUAUCACUGCAUCGUUCCUAGAAAAACAUGGAUUCAGAUUGUUAGUGAGGUCACAUGAGUGCAAGUUUGAAGGAUAUGAAUUCUCUCAUAAUAACACGUGUCUUACUGUCUUUUCUGCCUCAAAUUACUAUGAGACUGGAAGUAACCGAGGUGCUUAUGUGAAAUUCAUUGGUAAAUCAAAACAACCUCACUUUGUACAAUACAUGGCUAGUAAAACACAUCGAAAAUCAACGCUGAGAGAAAGAUUGGGAGUUGUGGAAGAAUCGGCUGUAAAGGAGUUGAAGGAGAAGCUGAGCUCAUUUCAUACAGAACUACAUAAGGAGUUUGACAACGUGGAUUUAGAGAAAUCAGGAAAACUUCCGAUUCUGAAGUGGAGUGAAUGUGUUGAAAGAAUCACUGGACUCAACCUCCCAUGGAUCGCGUUGGCACCAAAAGUGUCAAUUCUGAGUGAAGAUGGCAAGUAUGUAAUGUACAAAGAAGAUCGAAAAAUUGCACAAGUCGGAGGGACCCACGCUCAAGAAAAGGAUAUCGUGGAGUCGUUGUAUCGGCACAAAAGCACACUGGAAACUUUGUUUAGAUUCAUGGAUAAAGACAAUUCUGGACAAGUCUCCAUGAAGGAGUUCAUUGAUGCGUGUGAGGUUCUUGGAAAGUAUACGAAACGUCCACUCCAAACGGAUUAUAUUUCUCAAAUCGCCGAGUCCAUCGACUUCAACAAAGACGGAUUCAUUGACUUGAACGAGCUACUUGAGGCAUUCAGAUUGGUCGACCGGCCACUCUUGAGAUAA